AUAAAUCAUCACAACAACAACAACUACCUGUGCAAACAAUGGCCGCCGAUUUGGCAACAAUAACAAUGUCUAGCGGCUCGACUGGCCGACCAAAAUACGUUCAAUGGACAAACAGGCAAUGGUUGGCACAGAUGGCCAUCAAACAACAUCCUGAGGAUCAACCGCUAACUACAACUGAUAUAGUAUUGACUAAACUGUUUUGUCACGGACUGGGCAUUCGGCCGCUACUUUAUACGAUAGUUGCCGGCGAUGGCGGCAACGUUAGCGGUAGCAAUGGCGGCAGCAAUGGUGGUAGCAAUGACGGUAGCAAUGAUGGUAGCAAUGGCGGUAGCAAUGGCGGCAGCAAUGUCGGUAGCAAUGGCGGCAGCAAUGUCGGUAGCAAUGGCGGCAGCAAUGGCGGUAGCAAUGGCGGCAGCAAUGGCGGUAGCAAUGGCGGCAGCAAUGGCGGUUGCAAUAGCGGCAACAAUGGUGGUAGCAAUGACGGUAGCAAUGACGGUAGAUAUGGCGGCAGCAAUGGCGGUAGCAAUGGCGGCAGCAAUGGCGGUAGCAAUGGCGGCAGCAAUGGCGGCAGCAAUGGCGGCAGCAAUGGCGGCAGCAAUGGCGGCAGCAAUAGCGGCAACAAUGGUGGUAGCAAUAGCGGCAACAAUGGUGGUAUCAAUGACGGUAGCAAUGGCGGCAGCAAUAGCGGCAACAAUGGCGAUAGCAAUGGCGGUGCACAGUUAAUAGUCCUGAACAGCCAGUGCUGGUCAUAUGAUAGGCUAUUCGAGACAAUUCGUGACUAUAAGGUUACGGUAUAUUUAGCUGUACCCCAGGAUUUAAUAUUUUURGCGAAAAAUUCCCAUAAAUAUGAUAAACAAUAUUUAAAAUCGUUGACAAUGUUGACAGUCGGUGGCGGUUCAAUUAGUCAAGAAAUUUUUGAUACCAUUAGACAAUUGUAUUCAAUUGAUAAUUUUAGACGAUCUUACGGUAUGUCAGAGUGUGGUACAGUUUUUACUGUACCGUUGAGUCAACAAAUCAGUAUCAGUCGUACACAGAGUAUUGGUUGCGUAACACCGGGAAUGGAGGUCAAGAUUAUCGACAAUCGGGGCAAUAGUCUACCAGCCAAUCAAACGGGACAGAUAUGCGUACGCGGACCGACUGUAACACCCGGCUAUUUUGGUAAUCCCGGUGCUACCAAUCAAUUGUUUACAAGCGAUGGUUUCCUAUUGACCGGUGAUUUAGGAUAUUAUGAUCGGAACGAGUGCUUCUAUUUUGUCGAUCGUCUAAAAGAUAUUAUCAAUUGUGGAGGAAUUAAUUUGUCGCCAAAACAACUUGAAAAUCAACUAUUAUCUCAUCCAUUGGUCGAAAUGGCGGCCGUUAUUGGCAUCGAUGACAAACAGUACGGACAGAUAGCCAUGGGUUUUGUAACACUUAUAGCCAACAACAACACCGACACCAAUACCACUAACCACACUAUUGUUGAUAAUGAUGUGCGGGUGGCUAAGGAACAGGAUAUAUUAGAGUAUGUCAAUGAAAUGGUUAGCAAUCCUUAUAAGCAGCUUAAAGCAGGGGUAAAAAUUUUGGACAAAAUGCCCAUGACCAGUUUGGGUAAAAUUAACAAGAUGAAAUUAAAAGCGAUUUAUCAACAAUAA